AUGCGCACGCUUCCCUUUUCAGCCCUGUCUGCCGUCUUUUGGAGUAUCGGGAUGAGUCCAACAAAGCUGCUAUAUAGGGUUGGACCUACCCCUAUCUGCAUCCCAAACCCCUGUCCUGUCUCCUCGUACGGGAGGCACAUAAACUGGAACGAGCAUGACUCGAGCCUACAUCGUCUAUUAUCAGAAACAACAUUCACACACACAACACAAGUCGCCAGUACAACUCACUGA